CUCAACUUCGACCCUCUCUCUCCUCCUCUUCUCCUGAAGCUCCUCACUCACUUUUAUCCGAGUAAAAGAGAAAAUGGCUGUGCCUAAAGCCAUUGUUCUACCUCUCUUACUAGUCUUAUGUGGUGCUGCUCUUGGAGCUUCUGCUUAUGAAGGAUACCUUCGUAAUGGAAACUUCGAGGAGUCACCAAAGAAAUCCGACAUGAAAAAGACAGUCCUAAUCGGCAAAACCGCCUUACCCGAAUGGGAAACCACCGGUUUCGUCGAGUACAUCUCCGGUGGACCUCAACCGGGAGGCAUGUUCUUCCCCGUUGCUCACGGUGUCCACGCCGUGAGGCUCGGAAACGAAGCAACGAUCUCCCAGAAGCUAAAAGUAAAGCCAGGCUCUCUCUACUCACUCACCUUCGGUGCAUCAAGAACUUGCGCACAAGAAGAGGUGCUUCGCGUCUCCGUCCCUCCUCAGACCGGUGACUUACCUCUUCAGACACUCUACAGCAGCUUCGGAGGUGAUGUCUACGCGUGGGCUUUCGUCCCUAAGACUACUGAGGUUACGGUGACUUUCCAUAACCCUGGAGUUCAAGAAGACCCUGCUUGUGGUCCCUUGUUGGACGCUGUGGCCAUUAAAGAGCUUGUUCAUCCAGAGUACACCGAAGGUAACUUGGUGAAGAACGGAGGGUUCGAAGAAGGUCCUCACCGUCUUGUGAACUCAACGCAAGGAGUGCUUCUCCCACCUAAACAAGAUGAUGUUACAUCCCCUUUACCUGGAUGGAUCAUAGAGUCUCUCAAGGCAGUGAAGUUCAUAGACUCCAAGAACUUCAAUGUUCCCUUUGGACAAGCUGCGAUAGAGCUUGUGGCAGGGAAAGAAAGUGCUAUUGCGCAAGUUAUUAGGACUUCACCAGGUCAAACCUAUAGCCUCUCCUUUGUUGUUGGAGAUGCUAAAAACGAUUGUCAUGGUUCCAUGAUGGUUGAAGCUUUUGCGGCUAGAGAUACGUUGAAAAUGACACACACUUCAGUUGGUGGAGGACAUGUUAAGACAGCGAGUUUCAAGUUCAAGGCGCUUGAGGCGAGAACGAGGAUUACUUUCUUCAGUGGUGUUUACCAUACCAAGAAAAACGAUAUUGGAUCUCUAUGUGGACCUGUCAUUGAUCAGAUUGUGGUUUCUCAUGUCGCUUAGACUGAUUGUAAGCUUUAUGACCA